AUGUUGGACGGUAAUGUCCGUGAGUUGGAAUUGGAAAUUGUGGCUCCAAAGAUCCAUUCUUUGGAAAUUCUGGGGAAUUUUGAAAAGAUUAAGUGUCGGAUAAAGGAUGUGUCGGCAUUGGUUGAGGCUAAACUCGAUUUUGACAUGCGGAAGUGUCAUUAUUGGGAGGAUGAAGGUUAUAAGGAGUAUUAUGAGGAGUAUUAUGAGGAGGAGGAAGGUUAUAAGGAGUACCAAGACAUUGUGAGAGACAUUCUUGAGAGUGUGCAUCAUGUCAAGAAACUCACUGUUGGCAAUUGGUGUCUCAUGAUUGUAUCUAUAAUGUCAGUGGAACAUAUGCCUUCUCCAUUAUCAAAGUGCCAAUGUUUAACAAUUGUAACAAGCAUGGAAAAAUGGAGCCUUCCUGGCAUUGGCAUCCUACUUCGAAGUUCGCCUUACGUGGAGACAUUGAAUAUUGACUUCCCAUCCUCCCUCCCCCAUACGCCGUUAGAGUUUCUAGUAAGUAGAUAUGAUGAAGUGGACCAUUGGAAAUCAAAGGAGAUCUAUUUCAAGUUUUUGCUACGAUGCCUCAAGUCUAUCAAGAUCAAGUUUUUUCAUUUUGAAGGAAACUACACAAAGGAAUUCAUUUUCUUGGUACAAUUUUUACUUAAGAAAGCAAAGGUGUUGAAGAAGAUGGUUAUCAUUGACGCACUGCCUACGCAAAAUCCAACACCUGAUAUUCUACUUAAAUUUCUAAGUGUGGCUCAAAAGUUGUUAAGCUUCCCUAGAUCCUCUCCUCAUGCAAUAGUUAUGUUCCCAUAUCCGUAAAAUUAUUUUAAGUUGUUUGAUCCUCUUAAACGAUCAAAUCCGCAUAAAUACGUAGUAGUUAUAUAGAUUAGUCUGGUUCAAUGAACUAAAAUCUUGCUAUGAGUUUGCAUUAAGUUCCGAUUUCAUAUACUUAAGUUUUCUUAGUGAUGUUAAGUUUUCCUUUGGAUAUAUUCAUGGUUAAUGUCAAUGGUUAUGUUGCUUGUAAAGUUUUUGAUUUGA